UCCAUCCUUAUGAAACCCGAUGUGCUAAUAUCCAUCCCCUAUGCGACACGUCUUCGAUCCCGAUUGAAUCAGACCUACCGAACGCGACGUACGGGAAUGUAUGCGACCAUGACAGACAUACGCACAUUUGUUUUUAUAUGUUUAGAUUAGAAGAUAUAUAUAUUAUAUAUAUAUACUGCGUCCACCGGCAUGCAAACGGAGACAGCUGGAAUGAGAAAGAGGAGCAAGCUUUGGAUUCCCUCCUGAUCCAAAUUAAUUUCAAGGCAAUCCAGCAGCGACGCGACGCAUGACUCGCGGCCUGAAAGGAGCAUGUUGAAGAAAUUCGAUCCCGAGACUAUCGAUUGGUGCACUUACAAAUUUUUGCUGCGCUUGUACUUCCGCUCGAAUGGGAUAGACUCGGACAACGAGAAGAUUCAGAUACUCCGUGAGCGUGGCGGUCCGCUGAUCAGGAAAGUUCUCAGCGAGAGAAAACUUAAGCGUCUCGACAGCAAUCAGGGGGAUAUCCUUUGUCUCUUGGAGAAAGCAUACUUUGAGCCGAACGAAGUUUGGCAAAGAAGAUCUGAGUUCAACAGUCAAUGUCAGAAAGAGGAUGAAACGGGCGCGGAAUUCUUGGAGCGCCUCCAAGGUCUAGCCAAAGAAUGCCAAUUUCACGAGGUAUGCCUACCCGCAACAUUCCGAGAAGGAUACAGAAAGUCGGAAGCAGGUUUCGAUUCGAACGCGGGCUUUCAGGAUCAGGAGCGAGUCUGUGAUCAAUUCAUCUCUGGGGUUCGUUCGACCGAGCUCAGGAAUCGGCUCAUGGUUGAGGCACCGGAUAAGCUAACGAUGCCUCUGAUCGCCGCCAUCGCGGAACUAGACAGAAACCGCCAGCAGUAUGAGUCUUCGGAAGAAAGCGACUCGGAGGCCACGAUUAAAGGUCAAGAUAACGAGGAAAAAAAAUACUCAUCGCGAGGAAGUCUUGAAAACCUCGUGGAAGAAGAUUCGGCGAACGUCCCCGAAACUGAGAAGCGUCCCCUGCCGACGGAGGGCAGAAGCGAUACAAAGAAACGAGGACGACCGCUCUCGACGGCUUUCGUUGCGGGGAGGAAGCGUUACAAGUGCAGCCAUUGUGAAUACAUGUCAGACAUCCGCAGAAGUGUGCUCAGACACGAGCGCAUCCACACGGGGGACAGACCCUACAAGUGCCAAUACUGUGAACUCCGAUUCCGCGAAAAGCAUCAUCUACAGAACCACGAGCGAGUCCACACCGGAGAGACUCCAUACAUUUGUGAAUAUUGUGGGAGAGGGUUUUCAAAGAGUUCAACCCUCACUGACCACGUCCGAACGCACACCAGAGAAGCGCCGCACCUCUGCGAGUUCUGCGGGAGGGGUUUCAUCCAGAAAUCUGCUCUCAACACCCAUAUGCUCAUUCACACCGGUCACAGACCCCAUUCUUGCUGCUUCUGCAAUCGAGGCUUCACAACUUCACAUCUCCUGAAAUCCCACCUGAAAACACAUGCUCUCGAUCCUCCGGCAAGCCGUGAUACAGCCGCUGAUGCAACUCCCGCGAAAACGUCCGUCCCGAGUUCGACCGAGGAGCCUUAUCCAGUAUCGCUAAGCGUAGCGAACUUCGUGGCGAACCCCAGUCGGGACAGCGAGGCUCUUCAGAGUUUCAACCCCUUGUGCCAACAGGUGAUAUUCCCAGGACCACAGUCGUCCGACUCGAACUAUUAUAGCAUACAAUAA